AUGCCUGACUACAUUCAUUGGGACGCUCCAGGCGUGGAAGAGGAGCAACCGGGUGAGCAGGAAAGGAUCAAACAGAUAGCAGAGCAGUUCUGCCGAUUCCAGAUGUUGAACUUUGACGAACAUCAUCACGCCCUGCGAGGCACUCAUCUGAAGACUCAGGGUUGUGUUGCGGGCAAGUUCAUCGUCCAUGACAACCUCCCUCCGCAUCUGGCUCAGGGAAUGUUUGCAAAGCCUGGCACAUACGACGUCAUCAUGCGGUAUUCUUCACUCACACCCAAGCUUGUCCCCGACAACGUCCCCGCACCACGUGGAACUGGCAUGAAGAUUUUUGGCAUUGAAGGCGAGAAGAUCUGGGGAGAAGACAAGAAAACCCAGGACUGGACAUUUAACAACUAUCCCGUUCUCGAACUUCGCGAUGCUCAGACCACGUAUGAAAUUGCAGACUCUUUGGAAAGAAACUGGGACAAUCUGCCAGAGUUUGAGAGUGAGCUGAAGAAGCGUCCGGACGCCGACGUUGCAUGCCUACCAGCCAAAAUUCCUCCGCAGCAUAUGGUGGCGAUGCCGCAAUAUUCGCAAUCAGCAUAUCGAUUUGGUGACUAUGUGGCCAAGUUCGGCUUGUUUCCCCUGGGCGAAGAGCAAAAGAAGCUGGAAAAUACCUACAUCAAGGACAGCGACCCCAAGAAUAUCAUCUCGUCCGAGCUUCGCAAAUUCCACAAGAACAACAAGGUGUCGUACUCUUUCUGCGCACAGCUUCUUCAGAACCUCGCCGAACAGUCCGUCGAGGAUAUCGGUGUAGAGUGGGACGAGCAAAAGUACCCAUUCGAGCAAGUCGCCACCCUCGAGUUCGAGCCACAGGAUAGCUGGCUUCCCGAGUUUCGAGUUUGGUGGGAUGACCGGAUCACUGUCAAUAGCUGGCAUGGACUCAAGGCCCAUCAACCCCUAGGCAGCACCAACCGCGUGAGAAAGGUCGUGUACGCCGAGUCUCGCAAGCUGCGACUGAGGGUGAAUGGCCAUAAGGACUACAUUGAGCCUGCAAGUUUGCAGGAAGUGCCGUUCCAAGUGGCCACUGAAGGGUAG